AUGCCUUCCAUAUCAGCUCUUCCCACAGAGCUCGUCGUUUUCGUCCUUGAUAACCUUGACCGCUUGAGCGACGUGGCUGCGCUUGCCAGAAUCAACCAAAGGUUGUACAACGUCGUGAACCCUAUCCUCUACAAGCGCGCAGUCUCGCAAAACUGUUCCUAUCCCCUCGAGUGGGCAGCACACCACGGAGUGGUCGGAACCUUGAACAGAGCUCUCGACUCUGGCGCGGACCCCAACUAUGAAUUCCAACAGUGCAGCUCUUCGAAAGAGUGGGAAAAGUCUCUUGCUGGAGACGGCCAGCUUCACCAGGGCUGUGACGCCGCAACUGUCUGCCAUUCCAGUAGUACUUUGUUAGCCGGUAGCAACGGCACUUCCCACGGUUUUGAAAACAUCGAAAAUGAAGACGAGACCAUGUCGGAUUACACGGACGACGAUGGCGAUAACUAUACCGACCAUGAACCUGACUAUUAUUCACCUACACUUGGCGAUGACUACCGAGGCAACGAUUCUGAGAGUUCGGGACGAUGGAACGAGGAGAAGUACGACCGAAGGUACACUGCCCUCCAUCUCGCCGCCAGAGCUGGCCACAUCGACGCAAUCAGCACUCUGCUCCAACGUGGUGCUCGGAGUGACGUGGUGGCCAAAAGGUUCUGCUCUUGCUGGCGUGAACAUGGACUCCUGAAUGCCAUGGAAGGCCCAAGAUCAGUCCUCAACCUUCCUGGAUGGACGCCGCUCCACGUCGCAAUUUGUCAUUCCAAGGAGGAGGCUGCUAUCAAACUUCUGGAAAAGGGAGCACCGAUCCAGAUGGAGCUUUCUCCGACAUGGGAGAAGUCGGGCUAUUGCGAGAACCCCGCUACCGCCCUCCACCAUGCUGCGGCCAUGGGCCUUGUUCAUGUCGUUCGAUAUCUGGUGGACACUGGACUACAGUCGGAGAUUGAUGUGCGCGACAACAAGACCCUUACUCCCUUAUACUACGCAUAUGCAUACAGCCAAUGGGAUUUUACGCUGCCGCUGCUGCUCAAGCUCGGCGCCAACAUCGACAUUGAUGUUGACAUCUUCCUGCCCUACUCAACAAUCACACCAGUGGGUGAGGCUUGUCGCCUUGGACGCUACGAAGAUGCAGACAAGCUGAUCGACCUCGGCGCCGACGUCAACCGAGGCUACAUAGCAACCAAUGUUGGUAAAGGCCUAACCCCCCUCCACAUGUGCGCCAUGCCUCCGGCCAAGGGUACCCAGAUCCCUGCGUUGGGAGCAGGACGAGCGACAAGGGGAACGGGGGGAUACAAAUCACCAGAAGAGGAGUACGCAACGGCCGUGAAGCUUGGCUCUGCUCGAGUGUCAACGAUCCAAAAGCUAGUGGCCCGCGGAGCAGAUUUGGAAAAGCAGGAUUGCCCUGGUGACACUCCCCUCACUGCAGCGGUCCAAAACCUCAACGUGCCCGCCGUCAGAGCUCUCAUAAAGGCCGGCGCCAACAUCCAUGCCACCAACUCCCUCGGCCGCAACGUCCUCAUGCAAGCCAUCGAAGGCCCGCAACUGCCCACGCCAUCAUCAUUCGUCCAUCUCGGUAUGCUCAGCCGCGUCCUCCGUGAACUACUCAACAACGGCGCCAGGAUCGACCACACAGACAACCAGGGCAACACUCUCUUGCACGUUAUCUGCAAAUGUACCAAAGAGCGGGCCACCCCCGAACUCCAGCACCAAGUCCUCCGCCUAGUCCUUAACAUCCCUGGCGCCGCGGCUCUCAUGCAGGUCCGAGAGACCCGCGAGUCCCUCACCCCGCUCAUGGUAGCCUUCACAGGGGGCAAGCUCCUAUGCUGCGACGUCCUCGUUCGCCGCGGUUGUUGGGAUAUCGACCCCGAGCAGAAGCGGAAAGAUCUCACACGGAUGUUUCAAUACUACCAUCGCCAUCGCUCCUAUGGCAACUACAACGAGAUCUUGCUGGACUACCUCAUGGACCUGGAUAUCGAUGGACAUUUGGCGACGGACGAGAAGUUCGGCGCGCACAUACUUUUUGACAACGAGUAUGCACACCGGCAGGGGAGAAAGUAUUGUUUUGAUUCCCACCGGCCGCACACGGCGACGGGCGAGCGGUUGUACGAUCGCUCGAAUCUGUUGCGCGGCCAAGAGGAGCCGGAUGAGGACGUGCUUGGCGCGCCUCCUUUUGCCGUUAAGGCGUGGUGCGCCAUGAGUCAGACAGUUGGGGCGCGGUUUGAUCCGUAG